AUGUCUCAGAAGAUUCAGAAAACUACUGCAAAUGGCAAAGAGAUGCUGUCCAAUCCCAGGCUCAUACCUGUUCAGGGGACUUUGAAUGUAGUGAUGAACCAGAACGUGAGCCUCUCCUGCCACUCAGACUCUGGAACUCCACCUGUCAGAUACACAUUGUUUAAACACAGUCAGAAGAUAUCCACUUUAAAUAGGCCAGACUUGACCCCCGGUUUGUUUAACUUGACUAUCAACUCUGCCAGUGAUGUGGGUGAAUACAAAUGCAAAGCCGAGAAUAACAUCUCCAGUGGCGGAAAAUACAGCAAAAGUCUCAACUUCACCCUUAAAGAGCCAAUUUCCAAACCAGUGCUGAGCUCACCCACCUCUCAAGCAAAGGAAGGCCAGAACGUGACCCUGUCUUGUCUCUCAGAAAAUGGCUCUCUUCCUAUCACAUACAUGUUCUUCAAAGGCAGACAAAGCAUUUCUCCCCCAGUGAAGAUGCAGAAGAAUGAAGCAGCUGUGAUUUUUCUAUUUAUUAAUUCCUCUAGUGACUUUGGAACCUAUAAAUGCAGAGCUGAAAAUAGCUUUCGCAAUAAUACAAAAUACAGCAACAGUUUCAACUUUACAUUAGCAGAAGAGAGAAGCCAUUCUCAACCUUUGAUCAUUUCUCUUGUGCUGAUCUUGCUGCUAUUCAUAAUAGGAUUUGCUCUGGCAAUUCCAUUUUUCAUAAUUCCUUCAUAUAAAGCAAAAAAAUUUAAGUCUACUAGGUCCUCAACUGGCUUUACUUCAACAACGAAUGCGGAAGAGCCUGAAGACUACGUCAUAUACACAGAGAUUGAGCCUGUUAAACGAGAAGAAGAGUAUGUCAACUUUUCUGUUAUUAGAAGAGAAGAUGAAAAAGAGAAGGCGGCAUGUGCUACAGUCUAUUCAAAGGUCUUCAUCAGACAUUGAGUACAAGCCAGACUCACUUUGAAGACUACUGCACAGAACAAAUAGUCAUAUUUAUUUUCUCUCGGGAAAAAAUACUCAUCACUAUGCUCAAGAUCCGCUGACAUGAGCAGCGAUAUGCUCAAAAUUCACUCCUGAUCAACAUAUCAUAUAUGAAGCCCUCAACUGGAAUAGUAGUUUUUAUCUGCACAAAUAAUUCCAUCACAUACACUAAAGGUAAAUGGUUCCAGACUUGGAAGAACUUUUAAGUUCAAGACCAGACACAGUGUGCUAUUUGAAAUAGUACUUAAGAAUGAAACAGAACCAGUCCAGAUGCAAAAAUGGGGGGUGAGGGUGGGAAACAAUUCUACAAGCUUAUGACUCAUCUUAUGAAAUGUAUUUUCAAUAGGAGAGUCUCUAAAAGGCAUUUCACAGUUCCAGAGAAACAACAAUAACAUGUGAAAGGCUUUUACUUCACUUAAUUUAAAAAAUGAAUGAUCUGAAAUUGCUCUUUGUAAUAAAGCUAAUUGAAUCCAAGUUUAUAGUUCGGGAUACAUGCCUUCAAUCAUGUGGUUACUGCACUCGAUGACUUCUUACUGAAAAGAGGCAUAUUUUCGCUAGUCCACAGAAAGUCAUCUUUCACCUUCAUAGUUUAAUUUACAAAAGACUGUUU